GUGGUGACAUGAUGGCUGAAUGACUUUGCUAGCGGAAAAAAUGGAAAAAGCCACUUACUUACCCGGCCAAUCAGUGCACCGACUAUAACUAUCUCUAGAAUCGUGUAGUUGAAAUACUUUCGACUUUGCCCUGGCCGUUCCAAAGUACAGAGACCUGACAACUUAGCUACAAUCGCAUGCUUUUGUUUAGUUAACUAUAUGUUUGAAAAAUGCACCCUUGCUUAUCAGUUUGAUUUUAUUUUUCUAGACCUAAUUUUCCUAACUUCGAAGCUUGCUCCAGGCAGGUGUUUUUUUUACAUUUAUAUUUUUAUUAUCUAUUGAUUGAUCUUUGAUUUUCUGACCAGUUCCCCUUUUUUUUUUUUACUAUCUAUAUGUCUUUAUCAGAGAUUCACUUUUUAUGUGGAAAUUAGCCGAAGUGAUUUUCUUGCUUUCGUUUUGCUUUAUUAUUUCGCAAAUGUGAGAACACCCAAUCAUAGCUGUGUAUGAUAAUUGCACAGGUUGUCAGGCCACAUUCAUAGACAACGCAGGUGGUCCUGAUAAGAGAAUCGUGCAACGUAGAACAAUAGCGGGCCUUGUGUAUCUCCCAAACAACCAGGAAAUUCGCUUAUAGAAUGUUAUUUUCCUUCACUGAGUCAUGCAGAACAUUUCGAAAAUAUUAGCUACCAGUUACAUAUAUUAAAAGCGUAAGCUGUCAGUCAGAAAGAUUUGUAAAUAUUGAGAGUUGGUAUCUAAUUUCCUGGAAAAUAAAUUAUUCAUUUAGUAUUAGCUGUAUUCUUUGAAAGCUGCAAGCAUGGCAUUUAAAAGCUGGUUCUCGCAGCCUGUCGUUAAAGCCGGUGACGACGAAGAAAAGUUGGUUGAUCCACAAGCAGACCUUAGGGAAAAGUGCGAGGCCAAAGACCAUAUCCAAUCCUUGUACCAAAAGUAUCAAGAAUGCAAUGAUCGUGUGAAUGGCCGAUCCAAAACCACUGAGACAUGCAUGGAGGAGCUAUUUGACUUUGUUACUGAAGUGGAUCAUUGCGUUGCUCACACUCUUUUCUCAAAGCUUAAGUGAAGAACGUCGAAUUAUGGAGUUAAAAAAAUUAAAAUAUUAGCAAUUGAAUUGUCGAUUUAA